GCGCAGCAGCCCGGAGCUGACGCCGCCGCCCGCCGGAGCCGCAGGACCCGCGCCCGCGCCGCCGAGGGACCCGAGCGCCCGCCGGCCGCCCCAGCCGUUGUCCGCCGCCCGGCCUCCGCGGCCGCUCUGGGGCCAUGUUGGGCCGGGGGCUCCGCUCGGCGUGACUCGGGGGCCCGCGCCCGCCCCCGCCGGAGAGCCCGGACAGCCGCCGGGGCCGCCCGCCCCCGCUCCCCGUCCCCAGCGCCCGGGCUCGGCUGGCUUUUCCAAGCCAGACUAUAAAUUGGUAGAAUGAAAAAGUUUAAGAGAAGACUAUCCCUCACGCUCCGUGGCAGCCAGACCAUUGAUGAAUCGCUUUCUGAGCUGGCUGAACAAAUGACUAUUGAAGAAAACAGUAGCAAGGAUAAUGAGCCCAUUGUGAAGAAUGGCAGGCCUCCAGCGUCACACAGUAUGCACUCCUUCCUCCACCAGUACACGGGCUCUUUCAAGAAGCCCCCAUUGCGGAGACCACACAGUGUGAUAGGGGGAAGUCUCGGCUCCUUCAUGGCAAUGCCCAGAAAUGGAAGCAGACUUGAUAUUGUUCAUGAAAAUUUAAAAAUGGGAUCAGAUGGUGAAAGUGACCAAGCUUCAGGGACCUCAUCAGAUGAAGUCCAGUCUCCCACAGGUGUUUGUCUCAGAAACCGGAUACACAGACGAAUCUCUAUGGAGGAUUUAAAUAAGCGUUUGUCGCUUCCUGCAGACAUUAGAAUACCUGACGGUUAUUUAGAAAAGCUGCAGAUAAAUAGCCCUCCAUUUGAUCAGCCAAUGAGCCGGCGCUCUCGGAGAGCUUCCUUGUCGGAGAUUGGAUUUGGGAAAAUGGAGACCUAUAUUAAAUUGGAAAAGCUUGGAGAGGGAACCUAUGCAACUGUAUAUAAAGGAAGAAGCAAAUUGACAGAGAACUUGGUAGCAUUAAAGGAGAUCCGCUUGGAGCAUGAAGAGGGAGCACCAUGUACAGCCAUAAGAGAAGUUUCAUUAUUAAAGGACCUGAAGCAUGCCAAUAUCGUUACAUUACAUGACAUCGUUCACACAGAUAAAUCCUUGACUCUGGUCUUUGAGUACUUGGACAAAGACUUGAAGCAGUACAUGGAUGACUGUGGCAACAUCAUGAGCAUGCACAAUGUGAAGCUUUUUUUAUACCAGAUUCUUCGUGGUUUGGCCUACUGCCACAGGAGGAAGGUGCUUCAUCGGGACUUGAAACCACAGAACCUCCUCAUCAAUGAGAAAGGAGAAUUAAAGCUAGCAGAUUUUGGACUAGCAAGAGCCAAGUCAGUUCCCACAAAGACCUACUCCAAUGAAGUUGUCACCCUGUGGUACCGGCCACCUGAUGUUCUGCUGGGCUCCUCAGAGUACUCGACACAGAUUGAUAUGUGGGGUGUUGGCUGCAUAUUUUUUGAAAUGGCGUCGGGAAGACCCCUUUUUCCUGGUUCUACGGUGGAAGAUGAACUGCACCUAAUCUUCCGACUGCUCGGAACACCAUCUCAAGAAACUUGGCCAAGUGUUUCUUCAAAUGAUGAGUUCAAGAACUACAACUUUCCUAAGUAUAAGGCUCAGCCCCUGAUCAAUCACGCACCCAGGCUAGACUCUGAAGGAAUUGAAUUGAUAACAAGAUUUCUUCAGUAUGAGUCAAAGAAAAGGGUCUCAGCAGAGGAAGCCAUGAAGCAUGGGUACUUUCGAAGUCUGGGAACCAGAAUACAUGCUUUACCUGAAAGUGUCUCAAUAUUCAGUUUGAAAGAAAUUCAGUUGCAAAAGGACCCGGGUUUUCGAAAUUCUUCCUAUCCAGAGACAGGACACAGCAAGGACCGGAGACAGAGCAUGCUCUUUUAAGUUCGCUAGCAGGAUUUCAAGCCCAGCCCCAGCCUCCUUUCCAAGCAAGGACUCCGACCUGGACUCGGGAUCUCCGCUCGUCUACGCUGUCCUCUCCCAGUGGAGUCUUUUUAUUUCCGACCUGCAGAUUAUGUUUUUAUAUUUGUUGUCACAGUGUGACAAUUUCUUGUACAGUUGGUUUUAAGGUCUCCUCUGCCAUUAGAGCCAGUCAGUUACAACUAUUGAUGUAACUGGAGCUGCA